GUGCUUCAGACUGCGAGGCCGACAUGCAGAUGAUGUAGACGGAUACGAAAUGUCGCGGGUGCGGUGAACACGCGGUCUCGUGUGCGAUGUCUCCGAGCCGUAUACAUAUUCGCAUACAUAGCUGAAGCUUACCGAAGCUGCAUGAGAUGUCGGCAACAUUACUUGACAACACUAAGCAACAAUCAGGGAUUUUCGUCGGAUCCGCUGACCGGGCGCUUCCUCAGAGUACAAAACCAGGUGUUCAUGUCCUUGGAGCACCAGAACUCCACACCCUCGUUCGUUCUUUUACAAGUUCACCUACACCCGCGCCUGGGUCCCCAAUAUGCUUCCAUUCUUUACGACUGUGCUAGUUGCGGCCACCUACGGCUCGUGGGCGGCUGCCAGCCCCGUUCACGCACGAGGGGACUCUUACAGCGACCUGGUGACCAAAAUCAAGUCUGCUAUGGAGGCGUCUAUCCGGACCAGCUGGGAGCAGGGAACCGCCGCUGGUGCAAUCAUCGAGGUGGAGAACCCGGAGUACUCUGUCUUCGCGGACACCCCUUUCCAGUUCAACGGACAAGUGCCCAUCGCGUCCCUGCAAUUCGCAUUAAGCGCAGCCGUCCGCCAGACUGCGGACGGGCGUCUCAGCCAGAACAUCAAUGACGCGUUGGACGGUGCGGCACUCGAUGGCGCGUCGGCUGGGUCUGCAGUUCUCAUGGGGUCAUUCACCCACACUGAGAACGCGAGUUUCUGGCAACAGUCAGCUGAUGCCGAGUUGAACUAUAUCCUGACCAAGGUUCCCCGGACCUCCACCGGCGCACUGUCUCACCGGGCCGACACUAAGCAAUACUGGGCUGAUGGGGUGUAUAUGGGUCCUCCUUUCCUCGCCUAUUAUGGCGCUGUGACGAAGAAUCAGAGCUUACUGCAAUUAGCAUAUGACAACUGUCGGCUGUACCGAGAUGCUUUAUUGCAGCCGGGGCCGACAGGGAAACUAUGGGCUCAUAUUUAUGACGACGGCAAUAAGACAUGGGUUGACCUAGGACUCUGGGGUACAGGAAACGCUUGGGCAGCCUUGGGCAUGAUACGCGUCGCAGCCACUAUCGAGAGAUCCUGCUUUGAAGGAUUCAUGAAGAAUCAAACAAACAAUUUGGUAGCAUGGGUGAAAGAAAUCUUGGACGGCGAGUUUGCAGCCCUGACGCCUCAAGAACUGGUCCCGGACUAUGUGAUCGGC